GGGGGUCUCUUUGCCCAGGAGAAUCAGAGGCAACUCCAGAGCCAGCCAGAGCAUGGCAGAGGAUCUGGGGCUGGGCUUUGGGGAGACAGCCAGCGUGGAAAUGCUGCCCGAGCACGGCAGCUGCAGACCCAAGGCCAGAAGUAGGCUAGCAUCUGGAAGUGGCAGCGCACGCUGGGCUCUGACCUGCUGCCUGGUGUCGCUCUCCAUCCUGGCAGGACUCACCACCUACCUGCUCAUUGGCCAGCUCCGGGCCCAAGGAGAAGCCUGUGUGUUUCAGACUCCAAAAGGACAGGAACUUGGACCUUCACAUCAGCGAGUCUAUGCACCUCCUGGAGCUGGCAGAGAUAAGCCAAGGGCACACUUGACAGUUGUGAGACAAACGUCCACAGAGCCCUUGAAAAAUCAGUUCCCAGCUCUACACUGGGAACAUGAACUUGGCUUGGCCUUCACCAAGAACCGGAUGAACUAUACCAAUAAAUUCCUGGUGAUCCCAGAGUCAGGAGACUACUUCAUUUACUCCCAGGUCACAUUCCGAGGGACUACAUCUGAGUGUGGUGAAAUCAGCCAAGAGCGCCGACUAAACAAGCCAGACUCCAUCAUCGUGGUCAUCACCAAGGUAACGGACAGCUACCCGGAGCCAACCCAGCUCCUCAUGGGGACCAAGUCAGUGUGUGAAAUAGGCAGCAACUGGUUCCAACCCAUCUACCUGGGGGCCAUGUUCUCCUUGCAUGAAGGGGACAAGCUGAUGGUGAAUGUCAGUGACAUCUCUUUGGUGGAUUACACAAAAGAAGAUAAGACCUUUUUUGGAGCCUUCUUGUUAUAAGGGCAAGGCAGAUGUCCUUGUCUGAAGUGCCUGCUUUUUAGCUCCUAAUCUUCCUCAUUUAUAUGUAAUUACAACCAGGAGAGGUUUUUUUGGAGCAUCCAUAGAGGCAAUGGUUUACUUAUGAAAUGUAUGGCCCACAAAAGUUCAUACUGUAUGUUACUGAUAAGAAUGCUAAUUGGAAAAAAGUAGAAGAGAGCAGACAUAUUAUCAUGGAAGAAUGAUGAGUUUCUAAACCUUAAAAUAAUGGUCAUCAAACGAAUGGAUGAUCUACUCAGAACAUUUCCAUGCCUUCUUUCUACACAUUUGUCACCAGAAGGUGCAGGUACUGCCCAGUGUUAUUAUGAAGCACUUUCUGCAGUCCAGGAACCUUAAACAAAAUCCAGAGCCUUGGAAAACAGUGUCAACACCUUAGAGGUGAAAUCCUUCGUCAGUUCCCCCAAACACAUACUUUAAUGUCUUGCCUUAAAAAAAACAGAAAA